AUUCUCUUUCAUGGAGACUCCCUGGGGGCAGAGAAAAUUCUGCAAAAUGACCUUCUGAAACCUCUCUCUGAAACUAAAAGCUGAUGAGCUGCUCUCUCUUUGGGGAGCAGAGGACUGACAACCUCUUUCAAUGAGACGUCGAUAAUCUCUCUGCCAAGCCAAUCUUUGGGACAGUAGUCUGAAAAGGGUGCGAAACAGCCAUCACUUCAAGAAGAGAACUUCAGCUUCUAAACUCUUGGGCCAGAAAGAGUAACACAUUUACCUAUGAAGAUGAAGAUGACACAACAAAGGGCCUGACUGAGGAAAUCCAUUCACACCACAAACAAAGGAGCAGGCAGCAAAGAGAAAGAGUGCACUCCAACGCAAGAACAAAAUCAACACUAGAAUUUGGAGCAGCGACAAAGCAACAACACCACACAACAUCGGGCAUCAAUUUUGGAGACUUGAUUUUUAAAAAUCUUCUUAAAGACAAAUGACAGGAAGUAGCAGAAUAUGAACCAAUUCAGGAAGUUCUCAGACUGCCAUAAAAAGGCACGCAUCUUAGUUCUCACACUCACACAUUGAGCCUCAACGCCUGGAGACGGACUUCAGUUCAACACGCAGAACUGUGGCUUGAAGGUUCUAAUCAGGGGAGCCUGGGGCUGCUUGUUUAAGGAGUUUGCUGUGGACCCCCACCCACAUUAAUUGGAGGUUAUUUUAAUUACCAGUUUUACAAUGGACUUGAUGAACAACAUUCUUGAUGGCCCAGUAUUUAACUACACAACAGUUACAACUCCAUUAAUUGUCACCCAAUGCCAGCCCCAGAAGCUGAAUGUUGUUCUCCCCAGCCUUCUUGCCAUUUUCUUCAUAGUCGGUUUCAUCCUGAACUGUCUGAGUCUCUGGAUAUUUUGGUUCCAGAUCAAGAAAUGGAACUCCGGGAUGGUCCUGCAGUUCAACCUGGCCGUGGCUGACGCCAUCAUCACACCAGCUGCGCCCUUCAUCGUCCUGUACUCCCUGUCAGACGACUGGGUCUAUGGACAGUUUCUCUGCCAAAUGAAAGUCUACCUUCUCAGUGUCCACAUGUAUGGGAGUAUAAGCUUCCUCACUGUCAUCAGCAUUCACAGGUACAUGACUGUCGUCCAUGGAACCAAAAAUCCACGCUUUGCAGAUGUGGACUUUGUCAAAAAGCUCUGCUUGUUUGUUUGGGUCUUCCUCAUUCUUCAAGGACUUCCAUUUUUUGGCAUCUUGAAGACUUCCUAUAUAAACAACUCCACUAAAUGCCUCAGCAUUCACCAGAAUGGCAUGGCCGAACUCUAUUUUGUGUACAAUGUCACGGUGCUGAUUGUCGGCUUGAUGGUGCCCUUCUGUGUAUGCUUCAUAUGCUACAGCCUGCUCAGCUCAUUUAUCUCCAAGAUAAACACUUGCAACGUAAAAGGAGAGGUGAUGAAAGCCAAGUCCACCCAAAUGAUUGCCGUUUCGCUCUUCAUCUUUACCAUCUGCUACAUCCCGAUUCACAUCACCAGGACGAUGGGAGUUACCGUGAAGCUCUUCUUUCCUUCUCACUGCACCUUACUGGAAAAGACUGAAAUUGCUUAUUAUAUCACAUACACCUUAUCAGGAGCGAACUGUUGCUUGGAUCCUAUUCUCUACUGCUUUGCCUCAAAAAAAUUCAAAACAUCAUUUAACAGUUAUUUCAGCAACUUAAAAGUGUCCUGCCCUGGAUGUGACUCCAUGUUACGAAAGAAGGAUGAGCUGCCAACACCUUCCUUUAAUAUGACCGACUCAUCCCAGGUGAUAUAAGCCUCUGCAAUGGACACGACUCUCAGACUCUGAAUUGACGUGACACAUGGUGACUUGGACUUGAUAGAUGACCACAAUGGACUCCACAGACUGAGACCUGAACCUGACAGACUGUGACUUAGAUUUAAUAAUCUGGGAUUGGAUGUGACAGCUGGCCACUUGGGCUCAACCCUUUGUGACUUGGACUGUGUAGAUGGUGAUUCAGAGAGCAUUAGGAGUGCAUUACAGUAAUCUAGUCGACUAAAAACAAAAGCAAGAACUAAGUUUUUUCAGGAUCUUGCAGAGUUAUAAGGGAACUAACUUUUGCUAUAUUCUUUAAGUGACAAAAUGCUGUCCUGGUAAUCUGAUUAACAUGUGAUUCAAAAAUUGGGACAGAGUCAGUAAUUACCCCUAAAUUCAUUACUUCCGCCUUGACUUUUAAGCCUAAUGGAAGUUUAUUUCUAAUACCCUCGCUAAUAUCCAUUUUUGCCAGCAACUAAGAUUUCUGUUUUCUCCUUAUUUAUUUUGAGAAAAUUACUACUCCUCCAUUCAGAAAUACAAGUAUGACAUUGGGUCAGUGAACUAAGAGAGUUGGGGUCAUCAGGCGCUUUUACCGACAAAAAUUUGCCAGGCUAAUACGUUGGAGCACUUUAAAAAACUGCUAAAAAGCCAUUAUUUUAACAUGGCUUUCUCAUAACUUCAUUUAGUGUAACCCUGAUAUUCUGCAUAUACAUUGAAUUAUUGUUUUUAUCUUGGCUCCACAAUCCAUACUAACCCCUCCUUUCUCUGCUGUUCUUUUUCCGUUUUUUCUAUGGUGGUGAUCUGCGCCACCACCACGUGAUCAGGUCACCAUGCAGUCCGUACAAUGAAGGCCAGAUGUCCACAUGACCCUCUAAUUCUUCCAUGUGAAGCCUGAAAACCAUGAGGACUGAUUGAGAUCAUUUAUGUUAGUGAGGGCUGGGUGGUCUCGUAGCCAUGGAACCCCUGCAGAUUUUGUUUUUGUUUUUUUUUUUUCUCCAGCCCUCUGGAGUUUUUUUGUUUUG